AUGAAUAGUAUAACAACAACAGAAGUAGAUGAUGAAGAUUUAUUCAAGAUAAAUGAUGAUAAUGAUAAUGACAAUGAUAAUAAUGAUAAUACAGAUACUGAUUUGAAAAAGAGAAAGAGGGAUGUCGAAGAUGUAGCAACAACUACCACCAAUACAUCAACAACAACAACAACAACAUCUUCUACAGCUUCUGCAACAUCUACAACUAAAGAUUUAAAUGAAAAAGAUAUAAAGAUGAAUUUUGGUAAAGGUUGGAAAUCGUUGACUUUAUCAGUACUAUCAAAUAAUACUAGUUCUGAAGCACAGAGACAACAGCAGCAACAAAAACAACAACAACAACAGAAUCAGUUACCAGUGGUAAUGGGUGGUGUAUUCAAUAAGAAGAAACAAGAGUAUUUCGAUAAGUUUAAUACACUAUUAAUGAAAGAGAUGACUGCUGACAAGACACAGAUUGAACGUCGUCUGAUGAAAUGUGGAAUCAACUAUUUGGUUGCGAACGGUCUGGCGGUAUCGAAUUUAACUGCACAUCUAGACGGUCGUCUCUUUGAUGAAAUAAUAGUUAGAUUUAAUUCUAAAAAUAUAUUAAAUACAUCGUUUGAUGGUGAUACAGCAACAACAACUACAACAACAACUAGUAAAUCAACAAAGAAUGGUGAAACAGCGACAUCUACAACAUCGACAUCAACACCAUUGUUAAAAAUCAAUAUAGGUGAUCCUGUUAUUAUAAGUAGACAUAAUCCUUUGUAUGACGAUGUUGUUUUCGAGGGAAUAUUGUUAGAGGUCAGUGGUUCUGCUAUAAAAGUAUCUAUUAAACUACCACCACAACAACAGCAACUACAACAACAGAAAGAUAAUACAUCUAUCUUUAGGAAUACUAAACCUUGGAGAUUAGAUUACGGCAAGACAAUAGAACAAGCAUGCUCUCAGUAUAUAAAUGUAUUCAAACCGAAUUCAGAUUCCGAUGCAGAUGUGUCGAUUCCACCGGAUUUCAAUGAGUGGCGAAUGAAUAGUUCACAGCGAAACGCUAUAUUGUCAAGUGUGAAGAGACGUGUCAGUUUGAUACAAGGUCCGCCAGGCACCGGGAAGUCUGCUACCGCCAUAAAUUUGGUGCGUCUACUCUGCCACAUCAAAGAGAAGCUAUCGGCAAACGACCCCGGUGGAGUAGCCGCCAGCCAAAAGAUAUUGGUGACCUCCUACACGAAUACCGGUGUCGAUAAUCUCUUGGAUGGACUGUUGAAGUACAAUGUUAAGGUGCUGCGACUUGGACAUACCUCUAGUGUAAGACCGGAUCUUCUCAAUGCGACACUCGAUCACCAUCUAUCAGAAGCAAUCAAACAGUAUGAGAAAUCACCCAACUACAACCCAGCAAACAUCGCCAACAUCGAACGUGAUACCAAAUCGAAACUACUCAGUCAAGUCAAUGUUAUUUGUACGACAUGCAUAGCAUCAGGACAUCCAAUUCUAACGAAUGAACGAUUCUCCAUUGUAAUUGUAGACGAAGCAUCUCAGGCAACAGAACCAGCUAUUUUAGUUCCACUUUUAAAACAAUCAGAACAACUAUUUUUAUUUGGUGAUCAAAAUCAAUUAUCUCCAACCAUAUUUACAAAAGAAGCUGAAGAUGGUGGAUUAUCAAUUGGUUUAUUCCAAAGAUUGGCAAAUGAUAUUACUCCAUUCCUUUUGGAAGAACAAUAUAGAAUGCAUUCGAAAUUGUUGGAAUUUCCAAAUAAAUAUAUUUAUGAUGGUAAAUUGAAGACUGGAAUAGACGAUAAAGAUAGACAGAUACCAAGAGGCUUCGAUUGGCCACGUGAACAAUGUCCUAUUGCUUUUGUAAAUGUUGUUGGAAAGGAGGAUAUCAAUAAUUACUCUUAUAUGAACAUGCCAGAGGCAAAAGAGAUUGUUAGGAUUUUGAAAGCCAUGGUCAAAGAGAAUCAGGAUUUGACAACGGACAGUUUUGGAAUAAUAACACCAUACUCCUCACAGGCAAAGUUGAUAUGCAAUCUUUUGAGACCGGAUUUCAGAAAACUUCCUACUGUUGCAACCGUUGAUUCUUUUCAAGGAAGAGAAAAAGAAAUCAUAUUGGUCUCUACGGUACGGUCAAACUUGGGUGGAAGAGUUGGAUUCUUGAAUGACUGGCGUCGAUUAAACGUUUCACUCACCAGGGCGAAAAGAGGUAUGAUCAUUGUUGGUAAUAAACAAACUUUGGAAUCUUGUCCCUGUGAGAAAUGGAAUCAAUAUAUUCAAUGGUGCACCGAUGAAUCAUUGAUUGUAUUACCACAAACUCAACCAAUUGUUAAUAUUGAAAGUAGUAAUAAGAAAAAGAAAACAAAAGAUAACAACAUUGAAAAACCAACAAAAACAGAGAAAAAUAAGAACAAUAAAAAUAAGAAAUCAAAGAGUUGA